AUGUUCUUCAGAUGUGGAUCUCAGAAUCUUCAGUGUCAGUUUCUUUUCUAUCCUGAAAAUUCAUAUGAGGAUAUACAUCGGAUGAGUUUAGAAAUUUCAAAAGAGUUCGAAAAAACCAUUCCCUCAGGGAACGAUCAGAGUCAUAUGACUUCAAUUAAGCCAGAUUUCAAAGUAUCCAUGGAGCAAGAUGAUGAGCAGGAAUCGCUAGAUAAAAAUCAAAUCAUAGAACAGGGUCUAAUACAAGAGCUGUGUGGUACCUUUGACACCUGUUCACCCAUAUCCAGUGAUGACAAUAUCAGCUCUACCAAUACUAAUUUUUCUUGCAAUGGAUCAGAGAAUAUGAUUUUGGGUUCUGCCCAACACUUGUCCUAUCUAUUCGAUACAGCAAUAAAGUCUGGUCAGCAAGAAAUCUUAGACUGGUAUAAUUAUUUACUUGAAUUCGAGAGCAGGAUAGAUGCUCUUACUGCUGAUG